UCCCUCUCCGUCCCUUCCUCGCUCCCUCCCCGCUGGGACUCCUCCAUGGCUCCCUUAGCCGACGUCGGGGGCUUCCUAGGCGGCCUGGAGGGCUUUGGCCAGCAGGUGGGCUCCCACUUCCUCCUGCCUCCGUCCGCGGAGAGGCCGCCUCUGCUGGGCGACCGCCUGGCGCAGGUCGAGAGGGGCUCCCGAGGAGGCGCGGCGGCGUCGGGGGCCACCGAGCUGGCGCACUUGCAAGGCAUCCUGCGCCGGAGGCAGCUCUACUGCAGGACCGGCUUCCACCUGCAGAUCCUGCCCGACGGCAGCGUGCAAGGCACUCGGCAAGACCACAGCCUCUUCGGUAUCCUUGAAUUCAUCAGCGUGGCUGUGGGAUUAGUCAGUAUUCGAGGGGUGGACAGCGGCCUUUACCUUGGAAUGAAUGAGAAAGGAGAACUUUAUGGCUCUGAGAAGCUGACUCCUGAAUGUGUCUUCAGAGAGCAGUUUGAAGAGAACUGGUACAACACGUACUCCUCCAAUGUGUACAAGCAUGGAGACUCUGGCCGGCGGUACUUUGUGGCGCUAAACAAAGACGGCAGUCCCCGAGACGGGGCGAGGUCCAAAAGACACCAGAAAUUCACCCAUUUCUUGCCCAGGCCGGUGGAUCCAGAACGAGUACCAGAGCUCUACAAGGAUGUGUUAGUAUUCAGCUGAAGUCGGAACACUGGAGGCGAAUGGAGCCUCUUAGCCUCAAUGGUAACAAAGCACGAAGGACUUCCGAAUGCUGUGGAGUUCCUGAGAUAUCUAGGGUGCCGGUUGUCAGAGAAGCUGUUUAGUGGUAGACAAGCCCUUCAUUGCCCAACGUCUUGAUUUAGGAAAGUGGGCCUUGAGGUCAAGUGGGUCAACCUCUUUUUUGGUUUGCUCGCUUGUGCGCCGGUCAAGUAGACAAGGAGAAGUUGGAACUGGACUUCAAACCAGACUGUUCUGGAUUGCUUUCUCCCUUCACCUAGAACACAAAUAGCUACCUAAAGCAUGUGGAGGCGGAUUGUAGGAAAAUGGAAGAAAUGGCAGGAAAAGAAUGAAUGGCAAGCCCAGUGAGGGAAAGCACAGCUGUGUGGUUUGGGAGUGUCCAUCUAUGGGGACCGCGCUAACUUGGGAAGUGAAAUCCGGAUUUGUUUUUCCCUUCAGGAUGGACCUAAUUUAUAUACUUUCAGAGUGCAUAUAUUUAUUUUAAAUAUUUAUUUAUUACAGAGUUUAUUUUUUACUGGGCUAUGAAGAGAGUACAACCCUUUACCCCAAUGAAAAAUCAAUUUUGGUGCCAAUAUUUACUCCAAGGUAGUGUCAAGAAAAGGUGUGUUGUAUCCCCCAAAGAGUUCAAAUGGAGCAACAUCUCUGGAAACAUCAUUGUUGAGAAAUAACAAAUUGGGGUUAUAUUUCUAUGCACGCUCCGUUGCCUUACACAGGAAAAGUUGUUGGCUGCCUUGUGACUGCCCCCUAUAUUUGUACUGGAUUUUUUAAAAAAUGCACAUUUAAAAGGGAAUUAAAGAUAAACUUCCAUCUG